UAUUCAUUAACUAAAUUUAUUAAUCGCUACGAUUAUCACAGCACAUUUAAUGCGUAAUUUCGUUCAAUCGACGUUGUCCUUCGUGUAUUUAUUGGAUAAUAUUGUAGGUUACAUUACUGGUGAUAUUCUCCAUUACUAAAAUUCAAAACAGUUCAAUUUCAUUUUAAAUAUUUUUUAACCGUUACGAUUAAAUAUAAUAUAAAUUAAAUUAAAUAUAAAUGAUCGCUUAAUUUUAAAAUAAGUUUUAUGAUAAAAUUGUUUUGGCAAUAGUUUUCAUACUCUUAUCGUUUUGAAUGAUUUUAUUGAACUUAAAUGUAAAACUUUCCAAUAAGAAAUCCAACUCUUGUUAUUGUGCAUAGAAAUGUCAACAAGACAAAUACUCAAACUAUACUCAAAUAUUUUUUUAAAGUUUGACAAGUAGUUCUAAUUGAAUUUGAUUUACUUUUAAGUUGUUUUCAUGAACAAAAUGUUUAAGAUAUUAUUCAAGUCAUUUGCAAAUCGACAUUAUCAUGUAUUUAUGCGAAAUCAGCCAAGGCUACUAGCUUCAGCUUCUUAUCGAAACUACUACGAUUCUAGAAGUGAGCAACCAAGAAACUUUAAUGCUACAAAAGUUGUAAUUGGAGCGUCUUUGGUCGGUACUGGAUUGUGGUGUUUUCAAGAUUUUUUUAAAACAGCCGAUUGUGCUCAGAAAAUUGAAUCAAAAAAACAUCACGAAACCGUGAGAAAAGAUUUACCGACAUAUUCAGCUAAUGAUGUUUCGAAACAUUCCGAUGAAAAGACAAGUGUAUGGGUGACAUAUGGAAUUGGAGUUUACGAUAUAACAAAAUUCAUUCCUGAACAUCCUGGUGCAAAGGAAAACAUCAUGUUGGGAGCUGGAGCUGCAAUAGAUCCAUUUUGGCAUACAUAUCAGUUCCACCAGCAACAAAACAUUCUUGAUCUUCUCGAGAAAUAUCGCAUCGGUAAUUUAAAAGCUGAGGAUCAACAAACAACUGACGACCAAGACAAUCCCUACGCUAAUGAACCAACACGAAGUCCACUUUUAGUUCCUAAAUCCCAAACGCCAUUUAAUGCCGAACCACCACUGUCACUUCUUGUUGAUAACUUCAUCACGCCAGUUGAAUUCUUCUAUGUUAGAAAUCAUCUCCCUGUACCUGAUAUCAAAGAAAGUGAAUACGAAUUAGAAGUUGAAAUCGAAGCAACUGGAAAAACAAAAACUUUCUCUUUAAAAGAUUUAAAGACGAAGUUUGCUAAAAGUGGAGUUGUUGCUGUUGUUAUGUGUGGAGGAAAUCGUCGCUCGGAAAUGAAUGCAGUUAAAGAGGUUCGUGGUUUAAAUUGGGGUGCAGCAGCCGUUGGAAAUGCUGUUUGGGAAGGUGUCAGACUUUCUGAUUUUCUUACUAAAUUAGGAGUCAAACCCAACGAGAGUUGUCAUGUUGUUCUCGAGGGUUACGAUGCUGAUCCAACAAACAAACCUUAUGGUGCUUCCAUUCCAUUAACUAAAGCAAUGGAUCCCCGUGGUGACGUCAUUCUUGCUUAUCAAAUGAAUGGCGAGAAUCUAACAAGAGAUCACGGGUAUCCACUUAGAGUGAUUGUGCCAGGUGUCGUUGGUGCUCGCAAUGUGAAAUGGUUGAAUAAAAUUACAAUAUCGAAAAACGAAUCAGACUCACAUUGGCAACAAAAUGAUUACAAAGCAUUCAGUCCAAGCACUGACUGGGAUAAUGUUGACUUUAAAACAGCACCAGCAAUACAGAACAUGCCAGUAACGUCAGCGAUUUGCUCUCCGAACCCGCUUGAAAAACAAGUGAAGAUUGUUGAUGGAUGUAUGGAGGUCAAAGGCUAUGCGUAUUCAGGUGGUGGCAAUAGAAUCAUUCGAGUCGACAUUACAGCGAAUCAAGGGAAGUCUUGGGUGACUGCUGACCUUCAGCAAUUAUCUGAUGGAGAGAAUGUUGGGCCUGGUCGUCAUUAUGCGUGGACGCUUUGGACUGUCAAAGUUCCAAUUGAAAAAGGACAAAAAGUUAUUGAAAUUUGGUCGAAAGCUGUCGAUUCUAAUUACAAUUGUCAACCAGAGACUUUCAAAAACACUUGGAAUCUUCGUGGUGUUGUGUCAAAUGCAUACAAUCGACAACUCGAAUUACGUCCUGGCUCGAUGUAUCACAAAUUUUGGAGUUCCCCACCUCAGCCACUUUAUCUUGACAUUUAUCUCUUUAAUUGGACGAAUCCAUUGGAUUUUAACAACAAAUCAAUAAAACCUCACUUCGAUGAGAUUGGACCGUUCAGGUUCCAGGAGAUUCCACAGAAAGUUAACGUUACGUGGCAUGAUGCAAACUUCACUGUGAGCUACAGAAAGCAAAGCAGAUAUUUCUUUGUACCUGAACAAAGUAAAGGCAAACUCGACGAUGUUAUCACAUCAGUGAAUGUCAUUGCACUUUCAUCAGCAGCUCAAGCUCGUAGUUGGAAUAUUUUUAAAUUGAAAGGAGUUGAGAUGAGUUUAGCAUUUUAUGGACAGAAAUUGCACAUCACAAAGACAGCUAGUGAGUGGCUGUUUGAAGGAUAUGAAGAUCCAAUUAUUUCUGUAGCUAAAGACAUCGCCAGUGUACUUGGUGUCGGUGACAUUCCAUUUGAUCGUUUUGGAUGGUUCUACCAGCGUAACGAUUCAAGCUUAUUAACUGGUGAUUUUAACGUUGAUACUGGAAUGGAUGAUGUGAAGAAAGUUGACCAGCUUCGUAAAUGGAAUUAUGUAUCAAAGACGAGCUUCUUCAAUGGCGAAUGUGGGAAACUUUCGGGAUCAGCUGGAGAAUUCUUUCCACCAGGAAUGACAGAAGACAGGAUUGUAUCAAUUUUCUCACCAGAAAUGUGCCGAAGUGUCUUGUUAGAGUUUGAAGAAAAUCGGAAGAUUCACGGAGUGGAAACUUUGAAGUUUAGUGGCGGUGAUCGAACUGUUGAUAAUGGAACUUUGUAUCCUGAAAACGAAUGCUUCUGUAGCGGUGAUUGUGUUCCAUCAGGGUUGUUUAAUGUCUCAUCAUGCCGUUUUGGAACGCCAGUGUUUAUGUCAUUCCCUCAUUUCUACAAUGCUGAUCCAUUUUAUCACGAACAAGUCGAAGGCAUGAAACCAGACAAGGACAAACACCAGUUUCACAUCUCCUUUGAACCGAAAACUUCAUUUCCACUAGAAAUAGCAGCAAGAUUUCAAUUGAAUCUUCUCAUUACUCCAAUUCCACGCUUCAAUCUUUACAAAGAUGUCCCAACAAAGUUCAUGCCUGUGCUUUGGUUCGAACAACAUGUCAUCGCUUCACAGACGAUAACAAACAUCGUUAAACUCAUUUUAUUAUCACCAACAAUUGGUCAAAUAAUUGGAGUUUGCUUUGUUAUGAUUGAGAUUAAUGACUUAAAGACUGAUUCUUUUAAGACAUUGAAUAAACUGAAACGUUUACAAAUGAAACCUACAGAAAUGUCUCAAAAAUAUGGAGGAGUGAUACUAACAAUAAUCGGUGUAAUAACUGUGAUAUCAGGCGUUAUAUUAGUGCUUUUCUGGCCUGACAUUUUUGAUAAAAUUUUAUUCAAGCAAAUCGCACUUCAUCCAGGCUCAAAGAGUUACGGUUAUUGGAGUUCCCCACCACAGCCACUUUAUCUUGACAUUUAUCUCUUUAAUUGGACGAAUCCAAAAGACUUCACUAACAAAUCAAUUAAGCCUCACUUCGAUGAGAUUGGGCCGUUCAGGUUCCAGGAGAUUCCACAGAAAGUUAACGUUACGUGGCAUGAUGCAAACUUCACUGUAAGCUACAGAAAGCAAAGCAGAUAUUUCUUCGUGCCAGAAGAGAGUAAAGGCAAACUCGAUGAUGUCAUAACGUCAGUCAACAUCAUCGCACUUUCUGCAGCGACACGUGCUAAACAUUGGGGUUGGUUAAAGGCAAAAGGAGUCUCUAUGGGCUUUGCAGUUUAUGGACAGAAAGUUCAUGUAACAAAAAAUGCUAGUGAGUGGCUGUUUGAUGGUUACGAAGAUCCAAUGAUAGAUCUCGCUAAAGAAAAUCCACUAUUAGAUGCUGGGGAAAUUCCCUACGAUCGUUUCGGUUGGUUUUACAUGAGAAACGAUUCAUGUGAAUUGCUUGGGCAGUUUAAUGCUAAUACAGGUGUUGAUGAUGUUAAAGGAAUUGGAAAUUUACGAACAUGGAAUUACAAGUCGGAAACAAAUUACUUCCAAGGAGAAUGUAGGAAACUUUCGGGAUCUUCCGGUGACUUCUUUCCACCUUUUAUUACUCAAAAUCAGACAAUGGAACUGUUCUCACCUGAAAUGUGUCGAAGUGUUUUGAUGGAGUUUGAAGAAGAACAAAUAAUUAAAGAUGUGAAAACAUUAAAGUUUAGUGGCGGUGAUCGGGCUGUUGAUAAUGGAACUUUAUAUCCUGAAAAUGAAUGUUACUGCGGGGGUGAAUGUGUCCCUUCAGGAGUUUUUAAUAUUUCUGCAUGUCGUUAUGGAACGCCAGUGUUUAUGUCAUUCCCUCAUUUCUACAAUGCUGACCCAUUUUAUCAUGAUCAAAUUGAAGGUAUGAAACCUGAAAAAGACAAACAUCAGUUCUUCAUGUCAUUUGAACCUAAAACAGCAAUUCCACUAGAAGUAGCAGCAAGAUUUCAGAUAAAUAUUCUUGUUGAACCAAUUCCAACUAUAACAAUUUAUCAGAGGGUUCAGAAGAAAUUUAUGCCAAUUUUGUGGUUCGAGCAGCACGUGAAAAUGAGUGACGACAUUGCAUCUGAAGUGAGAAUGAUUUUGAAUUUACCACAAGUUGGACAAGUGAUGGGAUUUGUCUUAAUCUUUGUGGGAAUCAUUCAGAUCGUAUUCUUGCCUAUUAAAGAUUACUUCACUCGCAAGUGCUACAAGAAGCAUAGCAAAGUAAGAGAUUUAGAUAAAAGUAUCAAAGAUGAUUCACUUGACAUCAGUGGAGUACCAGAAAUUUCACCACUGAUAACUGAAAAGUUCGUGAGCAAUGGAAUUUCACUUCUCGGAAAAUGUGAGAAAACUACGACAAGAUCAUAGAAUUUAAGCAGAGAUGAAAUUUUAUUUCUGUUAUUUUUAAUUAAUUUUAAUUUCAUUCCAAUUGUGCCAAAAAUUUUCAUGAUAGAUAAGAUAAUAAAACUGACAUUCUUUUAACUUAAAAUUUCUUCGUUUUAACUUGGAAGUUAUUUUCAAAGUUUACAGAAUUUCCUUCAUGUA